AUGCCCAAGUGGCACCGAGGGAGCCAUGCUGCCAUUCAGGCUCGAGGCGUCCGCGCCCUCCUCACACCUCUCCUCAGACUCCGGCUCAACUCGCGGCCGGCCCGACAGGAGGUGGACUCGAGGCGAAGGCGGGCAGCGGCCGUCCGCGCCUCCAAGCGCCGCCCUCUGCGUCCCUCCUCGGUUUCCUCCUCCUUCUCUUCGCCCACGGCCCGCCCGUCUUUUUGGCUUACCUGGCAGCGCGGCGGAAGUCUCGCUAGAGCCGCCGCUGCUGUUGCUGUUGCCGCUGGCGGCGCGUCCCUGGAGGCGGCCCGGAGUAGGAGCGAGCAAGCGCCCCGCGUCCGCUUGGGAAAAGAGGGAAAGCCGCCUUCGCCAAAAACGGGAGACUGCGCUGGUUCGGGAACGCCGGCAGCAACUGUAGCCGCGCCGCCUCAGCAUGGCAGAAGGAGCUCGUUCCCUGCUGGGAGGCAGCCGCGGCUUGAGCCCGGCGUCCAGCCCACUGAUGGGCAGAGGCGGCAAGAGCCGCUCGCUGCCCACGCCAUCGUCGUCGUCGUCCUCUUCGACUUCUCUGCAGCAAACCCACUACCACCAGCCCCAGACGCCGCCUGCCUCCCCAAAGCAGCCGCCGACGGCUCGAGGCAGCCCGCCUGGGCACUGCUUCAGGAGGGUUACCCUCACCAAGCCCACCUUUUGCCACUGUUGCAUCGACUUCAUCUGAGGGUUGGCCGGCUACCUCUGCGAAGAACGAAGUAAGAACUUAUUCAAAUACAGAAGAAGAAGAAGAAGAAGAAGAAGAAGAAGAAGAAGAAGAAGAAGAAGAAGAAGAAGAAGAAGAAGAAGAAGAAGAAGAAGAAGAAGAAGAAGAAGAGGAAGAAGUAUUUUUAUAAAUAAUUGAGCAAUGUAUUAUUGGCAGAGGAGGAAGUUCAGCUAAAUGAGAGCAAUAGCCCAAGAGGACUCUAAUACUAUGUCACAAAAAUAAUUGAAUUAGUACUUUGUUUUCUUAUUCUCUGUUCCUUAGUUGGUAACUACUGAAAUGCUGUGCCAUGAAUUAGCCAAGAAAUAUCAGUAUUAAUAUGUUCUCUAGCAAUGUAUUUCUUUGUGCUACAUGAUUGAGGGAUCGAAAAUGCAUUUUUAAACUCCUUUUAUUUAGCUUGGUACUUGGAGUACAUUGAAAAAGGAGAGCAUGUUGUUUCUUUCAGAACAUUCUAAAAAAAAUAUUCUGAAUGAUUUCCCCACAACUAGGGAUGUUCCAUUUAAGUCGCCAUAACCUUUUUUCUAUUUACAUAACUUUAGUGAUUAUUAAUUAUCUGAAAACUUUCUAACCUAUGUUAGAACUAUCACCAUCACUGUCAUUUAAAAAUAUGAUUAAAUAUAGAAUAUUCUGCAAGAAGUAGGGAGACAAUAAUUCAGCCUUCUUGGUGAUAAAUCUUUUUAUUCAUUACCACAUCAGUGUCAUCUGUAUUAAAUGUGACCUCUAAUGUUUCCAUCUCUUAGCCAUGUCUUAUGUUGACAUCUCUCUUUUUAUGUGUAAACUCAUCACCUCCUUAAAGUCUGCUUUUAUUAGGAUUUAAUAUUAGUGUUUGAGUUGAUAGGAACUGUUAUGUCCCGAGCCUUGCAAACGGCUCGGGCGUUUGCAGGCAGUC